AAAGCGUGAGGAUGAUGGCGGAGGCAAAGACGAUGACGUACCUGCCUCCUAAACUUCACACAUCCUACUAUCCCACAUUUCCCCCAAAGCCGUCCGAAGAUUCUUUGUCGUAUAUCAGGUCUGUUUUAACAGCUCCCACUACAGCACUAAUGGGGGUAGUGGUUGAUGGAAGGAAACCAGAAAGGGAAGUUAUAGUAAGACAUGCCGUAACACCUCGUUGUAGAGUACGUAAAAUGGUUGGAGGUACCAAUCGUUGGCGCCUGCCGGAAUCUCUGGGCAGUGACCUUUUGGGGUCAUCACAAGCACUUAGAGCAAUUAACUUACCAUACAAUGAAUCCAUGGUCCACAUUUUGACAGCUGAAAACCCUCACCAGUCCAUUAAUUUAGACAUGGAGAAGCCAUAUAAGUUUCCCCUGGCAGAUAUGAGGCCAAGGACCACAACUGGUGGAGAUCGUCCAGUAGCUAGCAGUAUGUUACCUCAGUGUCCAUCUCCCCCCUACAGUGCACAGCCUAAACCUAAAUAUGCUGGUAUACCUCCUAUCCCAACCUUUGUGCCAUCCCGUGCCAGGCCAGCUAAGCCCAUGGAUGUGUUUCACUAUCACUCAAAGAGAACAACAUACCCUACUGGGCCAGAUGUGCUUUUGCAUUGUGCUGGCAUGGAUUGGGAAUUACAUCGACCAUUUUUACAGAAAUCUGAAACUUUGUCCAGUCUGCUUAACUAUGCUGACAACCCCUGUCCUCGCUAUUACUACAAGAACAAGGCCUCUGAAACCCUGGACAAUUACAUUAACCGCAGUCACAUCUACAGUAAUGAAUACCGUGAGAUCUCCAGUCGUUUAAAUAAGGUUGAGGUGAAAGACGAGGCAGAGUUAGGCAAGGAGAGACGUGGUUUAGAUCACCCAGCACAUACGUCUGCUCGCUGCAUGGCAAACAUGACAGUCAUCACUUUAGACCUCAAAGACCCAGUGAUAACUAAACAUUCUAUAGCAGUUGCCUUGGGUAACCUGUAUCAUGAUGAGACAGAGGUGGAAGUGGUGGAUGUGGUGGGAGUCCUGGCAGUGGCUUACCAUCUCAAGUUUAAACAUUUGGAAAACGGGUGUGCACGAAUUAUGAUGCGCUCUAUUCGAAGCAGAACAGUGUGUAGUUUUUACCAAGCUGCAGUCAAGUAUAAACAACAUGAGGUGGCAACAUCAUGUGAGAGGUGGUUGGAAUGUAACCUUAUCCCCCAACUGUCCACACAAAUACAGCUGAGAGACUUACCCAUGGAUGUGCUGCAGAAAAUUCUCAAGUCCAGCAGGUUGUUCACAUUCAAUGAAUACUCACUGUACAAGGUGCUGGCAUACUGGGUCUUUCUACAGAUGAACCCUCAAAUACAGCUGAUGCCUUCACACAGCUCUGUACUGGCAUAUUUCAACAGUUUGCCCAAAAACAGCUCUUUACUGGAGAGGGAAGAAGGUCAAGCCUAUGCUCCACUGUUCCAAACACUAAGACUUCAUGGUAUAAUUGAUAGUAGCCACAUUCAAGAUAUUCAGCAGAUGAACAUCUUGCCACAAAGUUGGAUUGUUCACAUCCUAGCUCAGCACUAUCAAGCUCUUCAUGGAGGAGGGGAUAUGACGCUGAUGACCAAUUUCAAUGCUGCAGCAAUUAGACAGGGCUUUAUAGUGGAUGAUGAGCCUCCUUACCACUCUGAGGUGUUCUCCCUCCAUGGUUUUCAUUUCGAGAUCAAAGCUGUCAGAACCAGCAAGAGGGGGACAUACAGCUUUUACAUGCAGCGUCUAAAACCCACUGACCCUACCCUGACUUUCCGUCAGUGUGAGCGUGCCACUUUUUCCAUGCGUCCAGACAGAGACGUCAAGUACAAAAUAAUGGUGCAGACAGUACAUGAUGGCGAGCAGGAGCUGUAUACCACAGGACCUCUUACACAGAGGUUUGGGCUUGGAGACAAGACCAGCAGGAGCGAGGUCAUGACAGUGGAUAACCUGGUCAAACCAAUCUUUGUGAGCUUUGCCUUGAUAUUCCCACCUUCAUAAAACUCCCACUGCGUUUGAUAAAGAUAUUAAUAAUAAGCUGAAGAUGAAAAUUGAAAUAUAAAUCAUGAUACACACAUGGAACUUAAAUUUUCUUGGCCAUUUGUCUCUCUUUUUCAAAGGACACAAUGCACAUAAACUGGAUUGGUAUUAAACUUCUUGCAGUAAACAGUAUUACAUGCAACAUAAACAUUAAGCAAUACAUGGCAGUAUUGGAUACUAAAAUAUUUUGCUCAAAUAUAAUUAUCAUACCACUGUGAUGAUUUCAUAUAAAGAAGAAUUGCAAAGCUGAUGCUUUAUUUUUAUGGAUUUUUUUGUGGAAGGAGUGAGGACUGAUGCAGUUGGUAGCCUUGCUUUCCAACUGCAGCAUGAUUUUUACAUGCAUGUAUUAUAAACAUGGUGAAGAUACACUAACCUUACUGGGUAUGACUAUAUUCACUAGCAGGUGCUUGGGAUCUGUAAUUGAAUUGCAUUAUUAAUAUCCCUGAACAAAAACUUAUUUUGGAAGUUAAAAAAUAAUGUGAGCUAAAAUUGUACUAGUAGGUUGCUAAAAAUGGUCAACAAGUACUUUUUGUUUAACAUGUUAUACAAAUCAUGAAGAAAAUGUGUCUAAAAACUAAGGGCUGCAGAAAGAUAACAUUUAGUGAGAUAACAAAGUUACUAAUAAGUACUGUGGUAUUUGUAAAUUGUGCCAAAUGUUGCAUCUAAUCUUAUUAUUGUUAUACCAAGUGUAUUUUGUAUAUAUUGUAAAUUGUAACAGCUUUCACAGCAUUUGAAUUUUUGUUUUACAGCGCACUUUUUUCUUUAAUUUAUUUAAAUUCUUUUCCACUUAAAAUACAGAACAAAGGACCUUUGCUGUAUUUAUUUCAAUAUGCAUUGUAAAAAUUGCUUUACAGAUAUCUGCAAUAAGCACAGAUCAUGACAAGCACUUUGCUUCCUCCAAUUUCCUUGAAUUGAACCAUGGAAUUGAUGCAAAAUUUGUUGUAGUCAUUUCUUCAAAACUAUUUUCAUCCAUCCGUGUCUCACAUUUGUAGAAGUCUGACAUUUCAUAAACAAGUGUCUUUUGUGUCUGUUUAGUGUGAAAGCUAUUGUUAUUGUGACAGUUCUGUGAUCUUACUAGACUCAAUAUGAAACAAUUAAUAAAAUAAUAAAACAUACAGCACAUUGAUUAAAAAUUUCAUUAUUCUUUAAUCUUUAAUACUUUAAAUAUUCUUAUCUGUGAGAAAACAAUAAUAAACAAAAGCAUCUAACAAGGAAAUAUUGAUGAUCAAGCUUAUCCAAGCUGGGUGCAUGGCUGUGUAAUAUUAACAUACAAAGUAGAAGUUAUUUCUGGGACCAUUAUCUUUAUAUGACUUAAAUACUGGCCAUUAUUAAUUUACAAUCACAUUCUAUACACCACAAUCAUAACAUGGAAUA